CAGGAAUUCGAGCAAGAAAGAGGUGCACGGCCUUGCAGGCGACCCGAGCGCGAGACAAGUAUAGUUGCAGCUGACGCCAGUUGCGGGGGCCUUCGGUUGCCCGGCCGCGACAACCGCUACACCCGUAGGUGAUCAGACGGCUGAGAAUCGCGAUGGGGGUGAUGCGAUGGAGUUUAGCGGAACCAAUAAGCCGGCCUUCUGGCCUUGGGCGAGAGGAUCUCACAAGUCUUCCCGAGUCGGCUCCUUUGCGGUUCCUUGCACGCGUGGCUAUCUCCAGAGAGGAGAGAAGCCCGCUCAUAUCUUCUUCCUACAUAGCCAUCUCCCAUUCCUGCCUAUUCGUGUGCAGCUGUAUUUUCCAGUCGACUCAAACGCAACUGUCCGAAAAGCGUGCGUUUCUCUAUCGCAACCCUCCUGAAAUCCACCAGCGCUUCCUUCACAGCCCCCAUUCUCCUCAGAUCUCGCUCAUCUGCCUUCCGUUCUUCCGAGUCGGCUCUCGUCGGGCUCUGUCCGGCCAGCCUCGGCUUCCAACUGCUCCGAUCGCACCUCGUCACGCACUUGUUUCUCUUUCGCGACUGUCUCGCGUGAUUCCAGUGAGCGCAUUUUUGAGGCGCCUCAAAAAUAGUGUCCGGAGAUCUGCUCCGAUCGCACCUCUUCACGCACUUGUUUCUCUUUCGCGACUGUCUCGCGUGAGCGUUGCGCCUUGCCGCAACCCGUGAUUGAACAAUCUUGAUUGGAUUCCGAGCUUGACAAAGACUACUUGUCGACCUUAUUCGUUCCCUCAUCGCACCUUGCAAAGCCUACCUGUCUCCACCGUGAGCGUUGCGCUUCGUUUGCAGCCUCCGCCCGUCGAUCUUAUUCGUUACCUCAUCGCCACUGGUUACUCUGAUUUCUUCGGAGCGCUGUAACACAUUCUGGAGCAAUCUUGUAACGCGGAUUCGCAGCACAGCAGAUUCGAAUCCCUUGGGAGCUCCAUGGAGCAAUUUAAAUCUGCCGAAAGGGAGUACAGUCAACUCAAGCAAGCUAAGGAAUUAUUUGUGGGCGGGACGGUCGACGGUCCUAAUCAGCGACCAGUUGCGUGGCGGACCAGUCGCAUUGCGAACAACGAUCGUCACCAACAUCCUUCGCGAAUUCAACAAGUUGGUGGUAACACUCGCGACUCAACCUUGCCCCCGCAAGGACAGCUUCCGCUGAAGCGUCGCCCGCCGCUUCUGCUGCCGCUCGCCAACGCUGCGGAAGGCGUCGUCUCGCCGGUUUUCCCCUCCCCUCCUCCGAUCCCUGCGCCUGAUGCCUCGCUGGUUACCGGGCUGACGGGGCAAGGUUGCGCCCUCGCCCGCGCGCGCACACUUGCGGGAGGCGCGGCCGCGGUGGGCGGAGUGGCAGUGGCGGUUGCGGCUGGCGCGGUGAGCGCCCACCUUGAAGACGCGGACGGCUUGGCGGUGGGGUACUGGGGAGACAGGCAGAAGCGGAGGCGGUUGUUCCCCCCGGCCGCGGAAGAGGCGGGAACCGUGGCGGAGGUGCAGAACGCUUCUGGUGGCGGUCUGAGGUGGCGGAAACGACGGCUGGGAGAGGGGGAAGGGGGGGAGGGGCGCGCGGGAGAGGGGGAAUCGGGAGGUGCGGGGGAGGCGGAUGGCACUGGCGCUAGAGCCAAGUGGCGGAGAGUCGGGGAAGGGGAGGGUGAGUGGGAGGAGGAGGAUAAGGAAGGGGAGACGGACGAUGAGGGAGAGGAGGAUGACGAAGGCGAGGGGGAGGUGGAUGAAGGGGAUUGGGAGGAGGGAGAUGAUGAGGCAGAGGAGGAUGAGGAGGGAGGAGAAGAGCAAGGGAGAGGAGUGCAGAAGGAAGGGUGUACAGUGCGUAAGGCGUGUGAGCAUCUAAGAGAUGGUGUGAGAAAGGGGAGUUCUGAUAGGCAGGGGCAAGAGCAGCGCAGGGCGAAUCAGCAGGAUGAGUUUUGUGAGCUUGAUGACGAUGAAGAUGAUUACACGGAGGACGAGGAAGAUGCCUAUGACGAGGAUGAGGAUGGUGAUGACUGCAGCGACAGUGACUGUACUGAGAGCUGGUGGGAGGAGGCUGAGAGUGAUGUGGAGGGAGGGGAGGAGGCAAAUAGUAGAUUGUCGGAGGAGAGACUGGUGGAUGGGUUGAGGGAGAGUUUUCAGAAGUUGGCGACGGAGUGUAGAGUGGCCAGGCGAAAUUAUGAUAAGCUGAGAUCGGCUUGUGAGCAGCUUCAACAACAGAACAACCUGUUCCGAUCCAAGAUCGAAACGCUUCAAGUACUUCGUGGUGGAAUUCCGCACUGCCGCACGCUUCAAGUGCUUCGUGGUUGAGCAACUGUGAUUACUAACACAGAACGUAGAGAUUUUGAAUCAACAAAAAGUUAUCAG